AUGUCGUUAACAAAUUGCCGAUUCUAUGAGGAGAAGUAUCCGGAGAUUGACAGCUUUGUCAUGGUGAACGUCAAGCAGAUCGCGGAAAUGGGAGCCUACGUCAAGCUCCUUGAAUACGAUAACAUCGAUGGCAUGAUUCUACUAUCCGAACUCUCGAGACGUCGUAUCCGAAGUAUCCAAAAGCUCAUCCGAGUGGGACGUAACGAGGUUGUCGUGGUUCUCAGAGUGGACAAAGAGAAGGGUUAUAUCGAUCUUUCCAAACGAAGAGUGUCACCCGAAGAUAUCGUCAAGUGCGAAGAGAGGUACAACAAGGGCAAGAUGGUGCACUCGAUCAUGCGCCAUGUGGCAGAGAAGACAAAACAUCCUAUCGAAGAUCUAUAUGAGCGCAUUGGAUGGCCACUAAACAAGAAGUAUGGGCAUGCGGUAGAUGCUUUCAAGCUUUCAAUAACAAACCCUGACGUCUGGCAAGACAUCGAGUUCCCCAACGACGUUGUCGCCGAAGAGCUCAAAUCCUACAUCGGAAAGCGCCUGACUCCACAGCCUACAAAGGUCCGCGCCGACGUUGAAGUUACAUGCUUUGGUUAUGAAGGAAUCGACGCUGUCAAGAUUGCGCUCCGAACUGCUGAGGCCCGGAACACUCCCGACAACCAAGUGAAAGUCAAACUCGUAUCCCCACCCUUAUACGUCCUCACUAGCACCUGCUUGGAGAAGAACGUCGGCAUCCAGACGUUAGAAGCAGCGAUUGUUGAUAUUCGGAGCAAUAUCGAAAAGGCAGGCGGCAACUGCGUCGUGAAGAUGGAACCCAAGGCGGUUACAGAGAACGACGAUGCAGAGUUACAAGCGCUGAUGGAGAAGAGGGAGAGGGAGAACGCUGAGGUCAGCGGUGAUGAGAGCAUGUCGGAAUCUGAUGAAAAUGCUGUGGAGGUGAUGUAA